AUGAACUUUGGAGACCACAAUGCAGCGUUACAAGUUGGAGUCAACUACGGAUCCAUUACGACAGCCCACGCGCCCAAAAGCUUGAACAACGCUGACGAUCGCUCUCAUCGCGAAAGGGCGCUUGACUCCCUGAGAUUCGAGCAGAUUGAUGCGCGAAAAAAAGAUAUAAAAAAGGCUAGUAAAGAAACUUGUACAUGGCUUCUAGGUCACCAGGGCUAUGAAGCGUGGCUUGACCCGGAGAAACUCUCUGAACACCAUGGGAUUUUAUGGAUCAGUGGGAAGCCCGGUGCCGGGAAGUCCACUAUCAUGAAAUUCGCAUACUUGGAUAUGAAAGACCGAUUCAAAACCAGUCAGGAGAGAACUGUCAUCGCUUCCUUCUUCUUCAACGCACGCGGUGAAGACCUGGAGAAAUCAGUCUGUGGACUAUAUCGAUCCCUGCUCAUUCAAAUACUGCAAGGGUUUCCGGAUAUUCGGAAGGUCCUAGAUAAUGAAGAGCUUAUUUCUCCAUCCCGAGAUCGCGAUAUUGGCUGUCCUCCUCUCAACGCGCUGAAGGAAUUACUCUCUAGCGCUAUGUCUUUUCUUGGUCAACGCUCAUUAACCUGUUUCAUUGACGCACUGGACGAGUGUGAUGAAAGUGAUAUAGUUGAAAUGGUUGAACAUUUCGAAGAUCUGGCAGAGCAAGCCUACCACCAAAAUAGCACAUUUCGAAUUUGCUAUUCAAGUCGCCAUUACCCUCACAUCAACAUCGGCCAUGGUAUACGAUUUACACUAGAGCACCAAAUGGGCCAUAUCAGGGACUUAGAGGUGUAUGUGUCAGACCGGUUGAAAAUCGGCAAUAGUGAACUCUGUCGUGAACUCAAGCAGAAGCUCCUGGAAAAGGCUGAUGGUGUCUUUUUAUGGGUUGUACUAGUUGUCGAGAUUCUGAAUAAAGAAUGCCGACGUGGUGGGUUUAAUCUGAGAAGGAGACUUGAAGAAAUGCCGACCAACCUGAGUCACCUGUUCAAAGAUAUCCUACUUCGGGACACUGAAAAUCCGGAAGAGCUCCUGCUUUGUAUUCUAUGGAUUCUUUACUCAAAGCGCCCUUUACGCCCCAAUGAGUUCUAUCAUGCUUUAUGGUCCGGCUUGGCCAUGAGAAAGCAUGAUUUGGUUGAUGAAAAGCUUCCUGAUAUACUGUCACGAGCUUCGACUCUCGCGGAAAACACUUCUAUGUCUUCCGAGGAGCUUGACAAAGUUUCUAUAUAUGUUACAAGUUCAUCGAAAGGUCUGGCUGAGGUUUCAUCCACCCAUAGGCUAACGCCUGCUAGCCCUCGUACCCCAAUUGGACACUCCCGAUUCAGCCCGGGGCGAAACGACGUCAGAGUCCAGUUCAUUCACGAGUCUGUUCGAGACUAUCUUCUCAAAGAUAAAGGACUCGAGGAUUUGUGGCCUAGCGUGAUUUUAGGAGAGGAGGGCAGAGCCCAUGAUAUGCUCAAAAAGUGCUGCAGAUUUUACAUGGACCACGUGGAAGGCACUGAAGAUCGCAGUGAGAUCGAAUUACUGCGAAGCUUUGGACCAGGCAACCUGCGCGGCCAGUUCCCUUUGCCUUCGCCCAAGCUUGCCAGUCGAAAGGACAGAGAAACAAUGACUUUCACAGAGAGGUACGCAUUUCUAGACUAUGCGACUGAUUACAUCCUGUUUCACGCGGAGGCCGCAGCACCAUCGGUUCCUCAAGAUGACUUUUUAUCUCUUUUCCCUUUAUCUUACUGGAUAAGAGUAAGAAGUUUCUACCAGACUAGAUCUGUUUUGCAAAGGACUCAGCCUACCUAUCCAUUGGAUACUCUCUUCCAUGUUUUUGCCAGGAAUGGACUUCCAAAUCUCACCCGAACUAGGCGCAAAAGAGAUCAAAAUGUUCAUGUUCUAGGGGGCGACCAAAAUAAUACUUACCCAUUUUUCGUGGCCUUGGCGUAUGGCUACAAAGACACGGCAGUUGCUCUUCUGAAUCUUCCUGACUGUAUAUAUAAAGGGGCGGAUAUUCUAGAGGGAUUUUCACACGGUCAGGCAUACCGGGACGAGAGACCAUUCAAGGACAGAACACCUCUUUCAUGGGCCGCCGAAGUAGGUAGAUUGGAGAUCGUCAAGCUUCUGCUUGUGGAAAACUCAAUACCUGUCAAUCCAGCCAAGAAAGGACAGAAAUCAGCACUCGCACGGGCAGUCGAAAAUGGCCACAAGAACGUGUCAGCACUUCUCCUAGAGAACGGCGCAAAUGUCAAACAUUCGGAGCCACUCUUAAAGGCCAUUGAGAUCGGCCGCGAGGAUAUUGUGAGUCUUCUUCUAGAAAGCGGAGCAGACAUUAACCGUUGGGAUCCACUCUCAAGGGCUUCUGAGCUCGGCCACGAGGGUAUUGUGAGGCUUCUUCUGAAGAAAGGAGUAGAUGUUCACCACGGAUCCCCAGUAAAGAGCGCUGUUCGAGGGGGCCACGCGGCUAUUGUCAAGCUUCUCCUUGAAAACAACGCAGAUGCCAACAAGUCAUCCCCUCUAGAAUGUGCUUGCCAGCUCGGUCUUGCGACCAUCGUGGGCCUUUUGAUCGAAAAUGGAGCCAAUGUCAAUAAUGUAGCUCCUCUACGAAUUGCUUCUAGAAGAGGUCACCAUGCGAUCAUGAGGAUUCUUAUUCAGAAGGGCGCAGAUGUUAAUCAAGGAGGCCUAUUGGCAGAUGCUUCUAAAAUAGGCUGCAAGACUACCGUCGAGAUUCUUCUUAGCAAUGGAGCUAAUGUCAACGCUCAAGAUGAACAAGGCAAUACGGCACUACACCAAGCAGCUUAUAGACACGACCAUGCUCUCGCGAAGCUUUUAGUUGCACAUGGGGCAAACUUUGAUCAGGAAGAUAGGUCUGGUACAACACCGCAUGACGUGAUGUACUUGACUACCCGGCGUGAUUAA